AUGGAGGCUGCCCAUGGCGCAGCAGCAUCUAUGGACCUGUCCCUGACGCUGGCCCCCAUGCCACCACCAUCACCAGCAGCACCUCCAUCCUCCUCUGCUUCGGCUGCAGCAGACGCCGCUGCCGGCGACAGCGGCUACGGCCAUGGCCAUGGUGGUGGCGGCCGCGAAGAGAGAUCAUCGAGGCGGCUGUUCUCGUGCCUCUUCUGCGAGAAGACGUUCCUCAAGUCGCAGGCGCUGGGGGGCCACCAGAACGCGCACAAGAAGGAGAGGGUCGGAAGCUGGAACGCACACCUCUACGAACAUGUCGACCACGACUACCCGCGGGCGACCGCAACGACUAGGGCGCUGGCCAGACGGCCAAAUAAGCGCCUUCACGACAACGACGAGAAGCAGAUGCAGCUGCAGCUUGAUCUUAACCUUAAGCUUUGAUUAGCUAACUAAUAGUAUACGUAAUAGCUCGUGUGUAAGUGUUUACUAUCUUCCUUUUAAUCUUCUAAUUAAUUAUUCUCCUUGAACUACUUAGCUAGUGUGUGUGUGAGAAGAGAGCACUAGUCCUACAAACCUACUCCA